AUGUCGGAAAAGACGGGGGGUCAUUCCGACCAAUUUCCUGUGUCCGUCUCAUCCCUUCAUUUCCCCUCCGCAGCGCAAUCCAUUUCUCAGACUUUGUCGUCGCUGCGACGAUCAGCGCUGUCUAUUUCCAACCGCCUUCGUUCAAUUGAGUCCGAUGCUGCCUUCGUUGCAGAGGUUGCCGAGCACUACGACUUGCCUCUAGUUGCCAACGAAAGAUGCGGGAGUUGGUACAUUUCGCCGGAUAUCAAAGCUGGUAGUGCCUAUUUCAAGAGCACGGACGGCCAUACCGUUCGCAGCCUGGUCUUACGAGGCGCAGUGAUGCCCGAUGCAUUGUCUAAGACUGUUCCAAUAUGGUGCGCCGUCAUGAAUCGAGCACUUUUCCCAUCCGAUGCUGCAUAUCAUGCAGUACAGCUUCCGCCGAAUUAUCUAGGCGCCUCGGAAGAAUCGCAGAUUGAACGCCGGAUUGAUGGUUUCGUAAAAUCGCUCAAGGAUCUCAAACUUGAUCUGGAUGAUCUCAGGCAACAACUUGGAAAGCCCAUUCGGGUGGCAUGGGCCAAUCGGUCUUAUUUUUAUCCUACUGAUCUGCACAAAGGACCCGACUAUAACCUUUUCGUUCUCUGUUCUGCGUCCAAACGAGUUCACGGAGCAGAAAUUUCAGAGGGUGGCUACAUUCAAGGCGCAGGUGAUGACAGCGAGGGCUGGGCUCAGGGAUUGACUCCGCCAGUCUUCUGGGCCCACAAAGCGACUCUCCUGAAGACGCCCGAGGAGGAUUUGCCGGAACUGGUCGAAGAACUGGUGAAAGAGCAUCGAGAUCAGGAUUCUGCUGACCAAGCCACAUUGAUUGCGCCUACUCGGAAUCUUUAUAUCACUCAAACGAACGCCAGUACCAACGACAGUGGUCUCUAUGACCUCGUAAUUGAUUGCAAUGGCAGACCUGAGGCAUCGGAAGGCGACCAAAAGCGGCUCAAUCUUGGAUGUAGGUCGUCAAAACUGGGAAGCCGCGACUUGAGACAAGAGCUCGAUAAGGUUCGAGCUUUUGUCAGUUCCCAGCUCGCCUCCGAUCCCUCACGAUCCCUACUAGUUACGUGUGAAACUGGUAAAGAUCUCUCUGCUGGUGCUCUCCUUGCUAUCAUAUGUCUAUUCUACAAUGAUGAUGGAUCGUUCACAACAUCCCCGGCGAGGCGAUCAAUGGACAAGCAAUUCAUACGACAACGUCUUGCCUGGAUCGUGUCAUCAAAACAUGAUGUGAACCCAUCCCGCCCUACACUUCAAUCGGUCAAUGCAUUUCUGAUGGAACGGCCGGAUUAUUAA